CUUCUUUCUUAUCGUAAAACAUUUAUAAAUUAUAUUUGUGGUUACUUUUAAAUAAAGCAAUGUCGACGAAAGCUGACGAGUUAAAAUUGGAUAUCGAAGAAUUCAACAGUUUACUUCGGCAAGCGAGUCGUCAAAAAUGUAAAGAUGUCCUCAGUCUUGAAAUUAGAAGGUUACAAACUGAGUUGGCAAAAUUAACUGAGGAAAACAAAAUAUUAUCCAUAAAAUCAACUAAUGUUGAAUCGAAUUCUUCUCAAAAGUGUUAUGAAGUUAAACUUAAUAACUAUGGUUGGGAUCAAACAAGUACUAUAGUGAAGUUAUACAUCUCAUUGAAAGAUGUACAUCAACUGCCUAAAGAAGCUGUGAUUUGUGACUUUACUGAAAACUCUUUAGACCUUCGUGUUCUUGGAUUGGAUAAUAAAAAUUAUAAUUUAACAAUCAAUAAUUUUUGUGAAGACAUUGAUAUAAAUAACAGCAAUGUUAAAACUAAAACAGAUAUGGUGGUUAUAUCUCUUGCCAAAAAAGUUGCAAAGAAUUGGUCACAUGUAACAGGGAUAGAAAAAAGAAUCACAGAAUCAAAAUCAUCUUUAGGUCCAGAUAUAAGUGAAGAUAAUGAUCCUGGUACUAGUUUGAUGAGUUUGAUGAAUUUAAUGAAGAAGAUGUAUCAAGAAGGAGACGAUGAAUUGAAGAAGACAAUGAACCAAGCAUGGGCAAAAAGUCAACAAAAAGGAGCACCAGGAUUUUCAGACUUUCCUUAA